GUAGUCUGGUGUACUGACGUAGUCUUGUGUACUGAGAUAGUCUGGUGUUAUAAGGUAGUCUGGUGUACUGAGGUAGUCUGGUGUAUUGAGGUAGUCGUGUGUAUUGAGAUAGUCUUGUGUAUUGAGGUAGUCUUGUGUAUUGAGGUAGUCUUGUGUACAGAGGUAGUCUUGUGUACUGAGAUAGUCUGGUGUAUUGAGGUAGUCUGGUGUAAUAAGUUAGUCUGGUGUACUGAGGUAGUCUUGUGUACUGAGGUAGUUUGGUGUAUUGAGAUAGUCUUGUGUAUUGAGGUAGUCUGGUGUAUUCAGGUAGUCUGGUGUACUGACGUAGUCUUGUGUACUGAGAUAGUCUGGUGUUAUAAGGUAGUCUGGUGUAUUGAGGUAGUCUGGUGUAUUGAGGUAGUCGUGUGUAUUGAGAUAGUCUUGUGUAUUGAGGUAGUCUGUUGUAUUGAGGUAGUCUUGUGUACAGAGAUAGUCUUGUGUACAGAGAUAGUCUGGUGUAUUGAGGUAGUCUGGUGUAAUAAGUUAGUCUGGUGUACUGAGGUAGUCUUGUGUACUGAGGUAGUUUGGUGUAUUGAGAUAGCCUUGUGUAUUGAGGUAUUCUGGUGUAUUCAGGUAGUCUGGUGUACUGACGUAGUCUUGUGUACUGAGAUAGUCUGGUGUUAUAAGGUAGUCUGGUGUACUGAGGUAGUCUGGUGUAUUGAGGUAGUCGUGUGUACUGAGGUUGUCUUGUGUAUUGAGAUAGUCUGGUGUAAUGAGUUAGUCUGGUGUACUGAGGUAGUUUGGUGUAUUGAGGUAUUCUUGUGUAUUGAGGUAGUCUGGUGUAUUGAGGUAGUCUUGUGUACUGAGGUAGUCUUGUGUAUUGAGAUAGUCUGGUGUAUUGAGGUAGUAUGGUGUAAUGAGGUAGUCUUGUGUACUGAGGUAGUUUGGUGUAUUGAGGUAUUCUUGUGUAUUGAGGUAGUCUGGUGUAUUGAGGUAGUCUUGUGUAUUGAGGUAGUCUGGUGUAUUGGAGUAGUCUGGUGUAUUGAGGUAGUCUUGUGUACUGAGAUAGUCUGGUGUUCUAAGGUAGUCUGGUGCUCUAAAGUAGUCUGGUGUAUUGAGGUAGUCUUGUGUAUUGAGAUAGUCUUGUGUAUUGAGGUAGUCUGGUGCAUUGAGGUAGUCUUGUGUACUGAGAUAGUCUGGUGUUCUAAGGUAGUGUGGUGUAUUGAGGUAGUCUGGUGUAUUGAGGUAGUCUUGUGUACUGAGGUAGUUUGGUGUACAGAGGUAGUCUCGUGUACUGAGGUAGUCUGGUGUACUGAG